CUUGGUUAAGCGGCUCGAGAUUGUUGUUUGAUUCUCAACUUGGAUUUUAGGGGAUUUGUUCUUUUCAUCUUCUGCUAGUUUGAUUGCAUAAGAAUCUUCAUCAAGUAUCUAUGGAGAAGCAAUACGAAAAGAAGAUCACUUGGGCGAUUAAGAAUUUUUCCUCUUUGCAAUCUGAGAAUAUUCAUUCUGAUUAUUUCCACGUCGGUGGCUGCAAAUGGCGUCUACUAGCCUAUCCUAAGGGAUAUAAUAAUGCUAAUCAUAUGUCUCUGUUCCUGAGUGUUGCUGAUCCUACUUCUUUGCCUUCUGGAUGGAGAAGACACACUAAAUUUCGUCUAACUAUACUAAAUCAAUUUUCGGAAAAAUUAUCCCAGUCAAAUCUGAAAGAAACACAACACUGGUUUGAUGAGAAGUCUACCAACUGGGGUUUCCCAUCCAUGUUUUCCCUUAGUGAACUUCAUCUCAAAGAUAGUGGGUUUUUGGUAAACGGAGAAUUGAAAAUUGUUGCUGAGAUAGAUGUUCUUGAAACCAUAGGCAAACUAGAUGUAACAGAUGAAGCUUCAACAAUAACGGAAACCAUGAGUGUUAAAGGCUUUCAACUUCUUCCUUCACAGGCAAAAUCUGUGAGCUAUAUGUUUGAAAGACACCCAGACAUUGCAUCUGAAUUCCGUCCGAAGAACCCAAAUCUUAGGACAGCUUACAUGAGUUUGCUACUCAGUCUGAUUGAGACUCUGCGCCAGCUACCUCAAGAACUCUCCGUGGAUGACCUGUCUGAUGCAUAUACUGGACUGGGAUUUAUGGCAAAUGUAGGGUUUAAGUUGGAUUGGUUGGAGAAGAAAUUUGAUGAGGUUUCACAAAAGAAGGAGAAUGAGGAGGCUUAUGAGACUCGACUGCAAGAAAUGGAAAAAGAUCUGAAGGACUUGAAGCAGAAGUAUUCAGACAUGGAAGCUCUAGUUGAGAAAGAGAAGUCUUGGUUUCCUGAUGAUGAGUACUCUUUAAAACUAAUUAGGAAAGAUAAAAGAGACUCGUGUCUUGGAAAUUUCCACAAUGUGCAGCACGCAGGUCCAACACCAAAAGUAAACCCUAACGAUUCGCAUUCAGAAUUUGAAGUGGUAUCCAUUAGCAUUGAUCUUUUAGUCUCUAAUUUCCUCGACUUUGUUCGAUUCAGUAGGGGGCGUCUUGUCGCCUUUCCCAAGGGAGAUCAAGUAGAUUAUUUAUCUUUGUAUUUAGAAGUUGUUCAAGCACAGCCUUUUGGAUGGAGAAAAUACGUCAACUUUCGCAUUAGUGUAGUAAAUCAACUUUCGCCAGAACUCUCUGAGCAACAAGAAACACAGUGUUGGAUUGAUGAGAAUGCUACCGGGUGGGGUGUUCAAGAUAUGCUUCACCUUACCAAGCUUCAUGACAAAGAUGGUGGAUUUAUGGUAGAUGGGAAAGUCAUGAUUGUUGCAAAGGUACAAGUUCUUGAAGUUGUUGGCACAUCAGAGGAAUCUGGAGAUGCAACCAAACCUCAGAGCAAGAUGAAGCGAGAUGAUGACGGAGCCAAGUCUAACGAUUUGCUAAACAAGAUUCAAGAAGUGGUGAAGGAAAGCAUUGAUGUCAAUGGGUUUCAAGUUCUUCCUUCACAGGUGGAAUCUGUGAGGCGUAUAUUUGAGAGACACCCAGACAUUGCAGUAGAAUUUCGUGGGAAGAACAAACAUCUGAGGACAACAUUCAUGAAUUUCCUGCUCAGCUUGAUCGAGACACUGUGCCAGCCACUCGAGGAGCUCUCCAAUGAAGAUCUUGUGGAGGCUGACAUUGCGCUAACAUACCUUCAAGAUGCGGGAUUCUCGGUUGGUUGGUUGGAGAAGAAGCUGGACCAACUAAAGGAAAAGAAGGAGAAAGAGCAGUCUGGUUUGGCCAGCCUCAAAGACAUAGAGCAACGUCUUCAUGACUUGAUGGACUUGUGCCACCAAAAGAAAUCAGAGGCUUUGUCCAUUGGAGCUCCACUCAAUCAAUGUGAAAUUCUGCUUAAGAUUCGAGUUCGGUUCAAUAUGAGUCUAGUUGUACAAGAUGAAUCUGAAGAGGCAAUUCAAGAUUUAGAGGAAUAUAAUUAUGGUCCAGAGACUAAGGGUUUACUCAUGAAGACUCAACAAGUAAUGGAAAGCAUUGAUGUUAAUGGGUUUCAAGUUCUACCUUACCAGGUAAGAUCUGUGAGCCGUAUCUUUGAAAAGCAUCCAGGAAUUGCAUCAGAAAUUCGUCCGAAGAACCAACAUCUUAGGUCAGCUUACAUGAAUUUCCUCCUCGGCCUAAUGGAGACAUUGUGUCAGCCACCUCAGGAGCUUUCCAAAGGUGAUCUAGGCCAGGCACAUGUUGCGUUGGUCUGCAUGAUGUAUGCAGGGUUUAAGGUUGAUUGGUUGGAGAAAAAGCUGGACCAAGUGUAG